AUGAAGGAAUACCGUCUUGUAUCCCUCGAUCGCUUUGAUGGAGAAAAUCUUAACUCAACAGUUUAUUUUCUGUCGCACAUGCAUUCAGAUCAUACCGUUGGCCUGGACCAAGAUGCAUUUUUUGAAAGACUUGAACGAAGUGGUAAUUCCUAUCUUUAUUGUUCUACAAUUACAAGAAUUUUACUCUUGGGAAAUGAAGAGAAAUAUGGACGUUUGACUCCCUACGUUAAACCUUUGGAGGUAUUUUGUCCAACCACCAUAGACAUACCAGCUGCUUGUGAUCAAGAUCAGAAUUCUACAGUCCUUGUAACUUUGUUUCCAGCUGAGCAUUGUCUUGGUUCUGUGAUGUUUCUUUUUGAAGGACAAGAAGACAAUGUUUUGUACACAGGAGAUUUUCGUUGGGGAAAUAGUGAAGCCACUCACAUACCAUAUUUGAAUCCAAGUGCAAAACCGCUGAGGAGUAUGUAUGUGGAUACAACAUUUUGUUGUCCAAAAGCCUUCCAUAUUCCAAGUCGAGAGCAGUGUGAAGCGGGAGUUAUCUCCCUUGUUAGUUCGCAUUUUCAGAAAUAUGGACCAGAUGCUUAUAUAUGGAUUGAAUCCAGAACUAAUUUUGGAUACGAGAUGCUUCUUAAAGAACUUUCAUUGCACAUGAAGAUGAAGAUUCAUGUGGAUCAUUGGAAAAAGGUUUUGUAUGAUCAGAUUUCUGGACUUGAGGACAUUUUCACUGAGAAUGCAGAAGAAACCAGGAUUCAUGCUCAUCCAGAAAACAAAUAUAAACGAUUUGUAAAAAACGGUUUGCCUUGUGGUUUUGUCCUACCAAAUAAUAGCGGGAAUUUGAUACGAAUUAAACCAUCCACCAUGUGGUUCACAACGCUUCCAGAAAUUGUCAAUAUUGUUACGCAGAACGGGCCGAGCAGAUAUCGAGCUUGUUACUCAUUCCACUCUUCAUAUGCCGAGAUACGGGAUUUGGUUCAAUACUUGAAGCCAGCAAGAGUCUUCCCAAAUGUGAUUCCAACCUCAAAGACAUUUGAUGAGAUACAAGAUGCACUAAAUUCGUUUCUCUUGAAUCCUCAUUAUAAGCAUUUCAGUUCCAUAGAAUCAGAAGAACAGCCACUUGGAAUCAUGAAAAUUACAAAAUCGUCUGUUCAAGAUUCUGCUUCUUUUGGAGAUUGUGUUUUUGAUGAAACCCAAAGCCAAUCAGUGGGACUGAAAGCUGGAGCAGGCCUUGACAACAACGUCCCUGCUCAUGUUGGUCAUGGUGUCACUGAUGACAGCCAUGAGAGCCUCCUUGGCCUGCUGUUCAUCUCCCUCUCCAAGAUGCUCCACACAAAAUAG